AAAAGACAACCAGUUUUUCCUUGAAGUGUGUGUCGUGAAGGCGAGAGAAACCAAAAAUGCGUGAAAUUGUACAUCUUCAAGCUGGCCAAUGUGGCAACCAAAUUGGUGCAAAGUUCUGGGAGGUCAUCUCGGACGAGCACGGCAUCGAUCCAACAGGAACCUACCAUGGAGAUUCUGACCUCCAGUUGGAAAGGAUCAACGUUUAUUACAACGAAGCUACAGGAGGGAAAUAUGUGCCCAGAGCGGUUCUUGUCGAUUUGGAGCCUGGUACAAUGGAUUCAGUCCGUUCUGGUCCAUUCGGACAGAUUUUCCGACCCGACAAUUUUGUUUUCGGUCAAAGCGGAGCUGGAAACAACUGGGCAAAGGGCCAUUAUACCGAAGGAGCUGAGUUGGUAGACUCUGUACUCGAUGUUGUUCGUAAGGAAGCCGAGAGUUGUGACUGCCUUCAAGGCUUUCAGCUCACACACUCACUGGGCGGUGGCACCGGCUCAGGCAUGGGAACCCUUCUUAUUUCGAAGAUCAGAGAAGAAUAUCCUGACAGAAUCAUGAACACAUUCAGCGUCGUACCAUCACCAAAAGUAUCAGACACCGUUGUGGAGCCUUACAAUGCUACGUUGUCAGUUCACCAAUUGGUAGAGAAUACGGAUGAAACCUACUGCAUCGACAAUGAGGCCCUGUACGAUAUCUGCUUCAGAACUCUGAAGCUCACCACACCAACGUACGGAGAUUUGAACCAUCUUGUGUCAGCUACGAUGAGCGGCGUCACAACCUGCUUGCGAUUUCCUGGCCAGCUGAAUGCCGAUCUUAGGAAAUUAGCAGUGAACAUGGUUCCUUUCCCGCGUCUUCACUUCUUCAUGCCUGGAUUUGCUCCUCUCACCAGCAGAGGAUCCCAGCAGUACCGUGCACUCACAGUACCAGAGCUUACCCAGCAGAUGUUUGAUGCUAAAAACAUGAUGGCUGCCUGUGAUCCAAGGCAUGGACGUUAUUUGACGGUUGCAGCGAUGUUCCGUGGCCGUAUGUCCAUGAAGGAAGUUGAUGAGCAGAUGUUGAACGUGCAGAACAAGAACAGCUCCUACUUCGUGGAAUGGAUUCCCAACAAUGUCAAAACAGCCGUCUGCGACAUUCCUCCUCGCGGUCUGAAAAUGUCUGCUACCUUUGUCGGUAACAGCACAGCCAUUCAAGAAUUAUUCAAACGCAUUAGUGAGCAGUUUACCGCUAUGUUCAGGCGUAAAGCUUUCUUGCAUUGGUACACUGGAGAGGGUAUGGAUGAGAUGGAGUUCACUGAGGCUGAAUCGAACAUGAAUGAUCUUGUGUCGGAGUAUCAGCAGUACCAGGAUGCCACAGCAGAAGAGGAAGGGGAGUUUGAUGAGGAAGAAGAAGAGGGAGAGGCAGCAUAAGAACUCCUCUUAUUUCUUGAGAUCGUUUUCACUGUAAAGGAUAUUACUUAAA